AUGACAUGUCGAACUUCCGUUUCCUCUGCCGCCAUCUUUGGACUGAAAACGAAGAAGAAGCAUGUCUUGCAACAUUGGAAGAACUGGAGUAAUUUAAUCAUUUUUUCACAUUUAAAUACCAUAACAGAAUAUCAGAUGACAUUGCCAGUACCGCCUGACCGGCCUUCAUAGGAUUUUCGAGCGGGAUCGUUGCCAGUGCCCCUGGACUGGCUCUUGUGUGGCUGGCACAUGAAAUACACCAGUUUGAGCAUGGCCGUUGCCAGUACCGCCUGACUGGCCUUCAUAGGAUUUUCGAGCGAGACCGUUGCCAGUGCCCCUGGACGGGCUCUUGUGUGGGUGGCACAUAAAAUACACCAUUUUGAGCGUGGCUGUUGCCAGUGCCGCCUGACUGGCCUUCGUGUGGGUGACAUGUAAAAGCACCCACUACACUCUCUGAGUGGUUGGCGUUAGGAAGGGCAUCCAGCUGUAGAAACUCUGCCAAAUCAGAUUGGAGCCUGGUGUUGCCAUCCGGUUUCACCAGUCCUCAGUCAAAUCGUCCAACCCAUGCUAGCAUGGAAAGCAGACGUUAAACGAUGGUGAUGAUUGGCAUAACAGAAGAUAUAUCCUCAAUAUUUAUCAUCUUUUAAAAACUAAAUGAAAAUGUUUUCCAGAACAGAUAUAUAACAGUGUUUCUAUAAGUCUACGGUAAAUUGCUCUGAAAUAUUUUCUCUGACCUCAGAUUAUUAGCAAAAUUUCUAUACAUUACAAUCUGGAGUGUCAACACAAAUGAUUUUGUUUGCUAGUUAAACUAAGACAAAUUCACAAAAAGUAACACUGAACAGAAAUACAGCUGUGGAAAUAUUUCUUAGGAUUAAACUAUAAAAACAAAAGAACAAGAAGAUAUGUAUAUAUUGUGACGACAGAAGUAAAAUAACGGAAUAAAGUGUGAAACCUCCUGAAGACAUGUCUGAAGAAAUAAGAAAAUUGUCAUAUGACUGUGAUAUCUGUAAAAAGUCAUUCUCUCAAGAAGGUAACCUAAAAACUCACAAAUGUAUUCAUAAAGGAAAGAAGCCAUAUCAUUGUGUAGUUUGUGAUAAAUCAUUCUCUCGAAUUGAUUCAUUAACUUCUCACAAACGUAUUCAUACAGGAGACAAGCCAUAUCAGUGUGAUAUCUGUGAUAAAUCAUUUACUCGAAUUGAUUACUUAACUUCUCACAGACGUAUUCAUACAGGAGAGAACCCAUAUCACUGUGAAUUCUGUGGUAAAUCUUUCUCUGCAAAUAGUAACUUGACAGCACACAAACGUACUCAUACGGGUGAGAAGCCAUAUCUCUGUGAUAUCUGUGGUAAAUCAUUCUCUGUGCGUAGUGUCCUAACAUCUCACAAACGUAUUCACACAGGAGAGAAACCAUAUCACUGUGAUAUCUGUAGGAAAUCAUUUUCUGAUAGUAGUUACUUAAGAAUACACAAACGUAUUCAUACAGGAGAGAAGCCAUAUCACUGUGGUAUCUGUGGUAAAUCAUUCUCUGUAAGUAGUAAAUUAACUAAACAUACACGUAUUCAUACAGGCGAGAAACCAUAUCAUUGUGAUAUCUGUAGUAAAUCAUUUUCAGUUAGUAGUAAGUUAACUAGACACAAACAUAUUCACACAGGAGAGAAGCCAUAUCAGUGUGAUGUUUGUGGUAAAUCAUUCACUGAAAGUAGUCAGCUAACUAAACACAUGCAUAUUCACACGGGAGAGAAACCAUAUUAUUGUGAUGUCUGUAGUAAAUCAUUUGCUGAAUUCAGUGACUUAACUAAACACAAACGUAUUCACACAGGUGAGAAACCAUAUCAGUGUAAUAUCUGUGGUAUAUCAUUUUCUCAAACAGGUCACUUAACUACUCACAAACGUAUUCAUACAGGAGACAAACCAUACAGCUGUGAGAUUUGUGGUAAAUCAUUCUCUCAGAAAAGUCACUUAACUAUGCAUAAAUAUAUUCACACAGGAGGAAAACCAUUUCACUGUGAUAUCUGCAAUAAAACAUUCUCUCAAAAUAGUGAUGUAACUCGACACAAACGUAUUCAUACAGGUGAGAAACCAUAUCAUUGUGAUAUCUGUGGUAAAUCAUUCUCGGGAUGUUUUGAAUUAAAUAGACACAAACGUAUUCAUACAGGUGAGAAACCAUAUCACUGUUAUAUCUGUGGUAAAUCAUUCGCUCAAAGUCACCAGUUAACUGAUCACAAACGUAUUCAUACUGGAGAGAAACCAUAUCACUGUGAUAUUUGUGGUAAAUCAUUCUCACAAAGUAGUGUCUUAACUUCUCACAAACGUAUUCACUCAGGAGAGAAGCCAUAUCACUGUGAUAUCUGCAGUAAGUCAUUCUGUCAAAGUGGAGAAUUAACUAGACACAAGCGUAUUCAUACAGGGAGAGAAAACACUCACUGAUUUCUAUAGUGAAACAGGAAUAACUUACUUAAACACUUAUUCAUACAGAAGAGACCCUAUCUUUGUGAUAGCUGUGCUAAAAUUGUUUUGUCAAAAACGUCUCAAAGUUUGUAUACACACAAGUGUAACCAUUGCAAUAUGAAAAUUCUUUCUCUUACAUAACAAGUGUAAUUACAUAGGAAAAAGAUAUAACAGUGUAGUAACAACCUCCCAAUAUCUUUUUCAUAACCAUAUCUAUAUCUAUAAUGGCACAAGGUUCAGUGAUUAGAGCAUUGGGCUCACAAUCAUGAGGUAGUGAGUUUGAUUCUCAAACUAGGCUGUGCGCUGUGUUCUUGAGCAAGACACUUUAUUUCAUGUUGCUCCAGUUCACUCAGCUGUAGAAAUGAGAUGCAACGUCACUGGUGCCAAGCUGUAUCGGCUUUUGCCUUUCCCUUGGAUAACAUCAGUGGUAUAGAGAGGGGGAAGCUGAUAUGCAUGAGCAACUGUUAGCCUUCCAUGGAAAACCUUGCCCAGAUUCAUGCCUAAGAUGGGAACUUUCUAGGUGCAAUACCACGGUCAUUCAUGACCGAAGUGGGGUCUUUACUUUUUGUCUCUAUCUACUCCCAUGAGAAAACUUCACACUGAUAUUUUUAAUAAAAACAUUCCCUUAGAAUAGUCA